UUGCAGGAGUCACGGCGGAGCUGGCCCCGGGGAAGGGGCGUCGAGUGGCUAACGCUCGCUUGAAGGGCUGCGGCCGGGCCAGGAGCGGGUGUGAAGACUAGAAGCAUGUUCCCCUCUGAGACCUUUAUCAAUACUUGUGAUACAGAAUGCCUUUAAGCGAAAGGAACAAUGUGGUUUUUGCAUACGAGUCCUCGGUACACAGUGCCAAUGUUCUGCUUAGUCUUGAUGAACAGAGAAAGCAAGAUCUUUUUUGUGAUGUUACCAUCUUAGUGGAAGAUCAGCGAUUUCGAGCCCAUCGCUCUGUCCUUGCUGCCUGCAGCAUCUAUUUCCAUUCAAGAAUUGUGGGUCAGUUGGAUCCAGAUCUUAUCAUUAUUUUACCUGAAGAGGUUACACUAAAGGGCUUUGAUCCUUUGCUUCAAUUUGCAUAUACUUCUAAACUAAUUUUAGACAAAGACAAUGUGGCUGAAGUUUGCAAGUGUGCAGAGUUUUUGGGAGUACAUGAUAUCGAGGAAUCUUGCUUUCAGUUUCUCAAAUUCAAGUUUCUGGACAAUAAACCAGGCCGACGGGAAUACCUGAAAAAUAAAUGUUGCAGACCACGUUGUCAGAAAGAGGACCGUAAAAUAGGUGUUGCUGAUGAUGGGGAUUUAGAUAUAGAUGAUGUAGAUGAAAUGUCACAAAAUGAAUGCAUUCAAAAAGCUCAAUUGGGGGCCUGCAAAGAUGAACAACAUUCAGAAGCAUCACUUCUGCAAGAAAAUGCUAAUCAAACAUUUGAGUCUGUAUCAGAAAGGGGUCAGAUUUUAGAGUCCCUAUGCCCUAAAUACAGGAAGUAUUUAGGGAGUGAUAAAGUCUCUGUUGUGGAGUCCAACUCCGGUAUUAAAGACAUUCAGGUAACAUCUGCUGCAUCUAUUCAUCAGACUGAAUCAAAUACUAGUGGUGCUAUACGAACAUCUCUUGAAUGUGCAGCUGUGCAUCCAGUCUCAAAAUGUGAAGAUGCUCAGGUAGAAAUGGAAGAGGAUGGGAAGGAGACGUUCUUGAAAGAGACAGCUUCUGUAUUCCAAAGCACUGAAGUUUCUGCAGAGAAAUUGGAUUCUGCUUUCACCCCCCAUAAUUCACCUGUUGCCACACAUGGAGUUUAUUCUUUCUUAAAUGCAUAUGAUCAGUAUUGCAAUUUGACUGGUACACAGAGCAAUGCAGAGAUAGCAGGAAAAAAUGACAUUGUUACAGAAGCUGGAAAUUGCAAACCAAUCAACGAAAUCACUGAAGAGAGCCCACCCUCGAAAUCUCACUUGUGUGACCAAGAAAAUGUGAAUAGUACUUUACCUUGCAAUCGCAGCAGUGUGGAGAGAGAGAUAGCAGAACAACUAGCAAAAGGGUUUUGGAGUGAUGUUUACAACACAGAUACAGUGUGUCAAGUAAACUUGUCUCCUGCCCCAGCUAAAGAAUUUUCAGAGCAAGGCUGUUCAGAAAAGAAAACGGAGUGUCCUUGGUUAGGUAUCAGGAUUAGUGACAGUCCUGAGCAUGGCCCUCAAAGAACUUUCACUACUUUGAGUUCUGUCAGUUGCCCCUUCAUCAGUAACCUCAGUACUGAACACAGUACCGAGAUUAAUAGUGGUGAUUGUGUGCCAGAACAACAACCAGAACAAUGCCCUUAUUCCUGUGUGAUUAAUUUGGAAGACGAUUCUGAAACUGAUACAGAGGGUGAUAGUGAAUCAUGUUCUGCCAGAGAACAGGAAUGUGAGGUAAAGCUGCCAUUUAAUCCACAGAAGAUAACUUCACUUUCUAGAAAUGACUUUCAGUCUUUUCUGAAAAUGCACAAAUUAUCGCCAGAAGAGCUGGACUGUAUUCAUGAUAUUAGAAGGCGAAGUAAAAAUAGAAUUGCAGCACAGCGCUGUCGUAAGCGAAAGUUAGACUGCAUACAAAACCUUGAAUCUGAAAUAGAGAAACUGCAAAAUGAAAAAGAGAACUUGCUGAAGGAGAAAGAUCACAUCUUGUCAACGCUGGUUGAAACGAAGCAGAACUUGACAGGACUUUGCCAACAAGUAUGCAAGGAAGCAGCACUGAGUAAUGAGCAAAUACAGAUUCUUGCAAAAUAUUCGACCUCUGAUUGUCCACUUUCAUUUUUGAUCCCAGAGAGGGAACAACCAGCACAUUCUGAUGUCAUGUCUGCAGUACCAUUGUGCGUUGAAUUCUCUACAGGUCUUUCUGUUGUAUCAGCUAAUGAGCAGAGUUCUAGUUAUCAACAUAUAAAAGUAGCAUGUGAUACAGGAUAUGAUCAAGCACAAGAAUUGUGUCCAGUUCCUGUAAGAAUAUCUGAGAAAACAUUGUGCUUGGAGCAGUGUGUGCAGAGUGGUGGUGGUAUCACAGAUUUUUGUCAACAAAUGACUGACAAAUGCACUACAGAUGAGUAAUCUUGUCAGGCCCAACCUACAGGAUUGUAGCAAUAGUCAUUAGGUCCAUGAAGUCAUGAAGAGUCGGAAGCGACGGAACGCAUAAACAACAACAAAAGAAGGUAGAACUAUAUAGUGCAGCCACAUUAAUUUGUUCUUAACUAUCCACCUUCCCCACUCAAACCGAAAUGUAAUUUUGGGCUUUUCUCUAAUGACAUAUAAAGUAUAAGGGCUCAUCUACACCAAGCAAGAUAUUCCACUAUGAAAGAGGUAUAUAAAAGGCAAGAGCCACACUACUGCUGUAUAGCAGUAUUGAAGUGUACUGCAGGAUUUACACUACUGCUUUAUAGUGGUACUAAAGUGCAUUGACAACUGUUGUGUCCCAUGACACAUCUACACCAAGCAGGAUAUAACACUAUUAAAGCAGUAUAUGGUAUGUGUCAUGGGCCCCAACAGUUGUCAGUGCACUUCAAUACCACUAUAAAGCAGUAGUGUGGCUCCUGCCUUUUAUAUACCACUUUCAUAGUGGAAUAUCCUGCUUGGUGUAGAUGAGCCCUAAGCCAUCUUAAUUUGUAACACACCAUAUUACAAGCAGAAGGGAAUUCUUGCAGUUUAGAUACAUCAAGCUACCAGUGCCAUGAGAAGCAAAAUAACUGGAACAAACCUCUUGCCUGUUAAGUUCUCUUACAAUUCCAGCAUAGGGGUGUUAAAAGAUAUCAAUAUAUCUUGUAAUAGAACAGAACUUCAAGAAUCCAUAACUUUGAGAAUGUUGUGUCACUGCACCAGAGACACUGCACCUAUUCUUGACAUCUUGUUGGCCUUCCGUGGAUUCCAUAUACUUGAAGUUCUUCUUAACAUACCAUGGUAAUUUGUGCUUCCUGUUUAAAAUGGUCAUCAAGAGAAUUAAAAUGAUCAAAUAUUCUGGAAGGAUUACAACUUUAACUAUUAAUAGUGGGACCAGUUCAGAUAUAUUUGAAAACUAUUCUUUUAAAUGGAUACUUUUUAUGGGUAAAGCUAACUCAGUUUUCAGUAACUUCAGUUAUUAAAAAAAAUGAGCCACUUUGAUUCUUCAGUAGUUUUGACUUAAAAUAAGCAAAUAGAGAAUUUACUGUAGAUGGUUCUGCAUUGUAUUAAUUACAGAAAAUCCAUAUAAACUCUGUAAUAGCUUAACUGCUCUUAAUAACUGAAGCUUUAUCUACUGAACCUCAAACAUUUUUGCUGGUUUACAACAUGUACAAGCCAAUGGAAUUCUUCAUUUCCUACCUCAGAACAGAUAUCCGUUUUAUAUCUGCAUUUGGAAUAUAAUCAUCUUUCUGUAACUAUUAUUUGCUUUGCAGGACUUUAGAAUAGCAAAUCUUCUAUCUCCUCUAAUAUGCUAAAGUAUUGGUUAAGUUAACAAUGAUUUAGCCUCUCGAAAAAUAAGUAAUCAACUUACAUGAUGAACAUUUGGCCAGAUACAUAAUCUGAACAGUACUUCUAAUAACCAGCAUGUAUUAAAAACAAACAAACUACACUACCUCAUAGAGUGAUUUCAAGAUCACUCAAAGCUGCAGUGAUAUUCACAAAUACUUGUCACGAAUUAGCAUUAUGAAUUACACAGCUUACAGACUUUUGACUUCAUUAUGGAAGUUCCUUUAUAAGUUCAUGUGGUUUCUUUUGCUUAUGUUAAUUUUUCUUAUGAUAAUUAGGGAAGGAUUCUUAAUAAGCAUUUAGCCAGCAUAUUUGGUUUUGUGUGCAUUUAAUAAGGCACUUGUUCUCAAAGACUGUGCAUAAAUUUCUUUUCCAGGAGUCAUAUCCUUUGACUGAGAAGUUCACCCUGUUCUUUUCUGACAAAUCAGUUAGCAGUGCCAAAUCUGUUCAGGCAUAUAAUGUAAAAAUGUAUACCCUAGGGAAGUAGCUUAAUUCAAUUUUGAAAGGAUGUAAUAUUGACAUAGUUACUUGUGAGAAUAAAUCACAAGUGUCAGCAUUGUAUAUUCUAAACUAUAUCUCUAGGGGACUGGAUUUUCUAAUUUUCCAUGGGCUGGCUAGUGCUGAGGUUCAAAGGGACAAUCUGGCUUCGACUUCUGUCUCUCAAAAGAAAGUUGAUAACGCAUCUGAAAAUGGAUCAUGGUCCAGGAAAGAAGUGAAAAAAGCCUCUACUGUAUUUGUGCAGUUGGUUAAUAAAUUUAAUGCCUGUGAAUUAGAGCUGCAGGUGCAACUCACAUUUUUAUAGGAAUUGUUAAAUAUGCCAAGUUUCUAAUUGGGGACGGGGAGAAUUGAGGUGGUUUAAUGCAUAAUUGGCUAGCUCUAUGAAAGUUUGUACAGUAAUGUUUCAGGUUGCAUGCAAACAUUGAAAGGCUAAAUCAUCAACUCACAAAUAUUAGGAAUGAAUGUCAAUGGCAAUCUUAUUAUACAAGAAUCUCAGGUAAAACUCUUUCUUUUUUCAAUUUCAACCAAGAGCAUUCAGUUUUGAACUUGUAAAAUAUUUGCAUCAAGGCAUGUUAAAAGUAGUUUUAAAUAUUUGGGACAGAAUGUUAAGAGUCCCAACAAUAAACAGCAUAAAGAUUGUAAAAAAAAAAAAAGAAAAGAAAAAAAAAGAAAACUCUGCAUUAAUUUCAAUUGAUUUUAUAUCUUUCAUAAUCCAGUGUUUUCUAAUGCAAUAAAAACCACUAUCCUUUAUAAGAAGAUCUUCAUUUUUGUAAAGGUUUGGCAUUGUAGAAUUGAUGCAUACUGAUUAAUUCAUUUACUACUACUAAAGCUGAACUCUGGAAAUAACAUUAUUUAUACAGUUUAUAUAAUAUAUUAAAGCAGUGAAUAUUACAGAAUUGGAAUAAAACUCCUAAACUUACUUUCAAA